AUGAGCGGAGUAAGGUUUUGGGAAAUUGUGCUUUUGAAAAAAUUAUGCGUCAUUCAACAACCCUUAUGUCAUGAAUGGAUGGAUGAUAAACAAAUCGUUUAUGAAAAUGUAGGAUAUCAAUUUGGAGCUGUCAAUUACAUAAAACGAAUUCAGAGACGGCUGCUCAUUAUUUGCAGAUUUUAUAAACGAUUAGGUAAAUUGAAUUUCCCGAGUCAUGCGACACAUUUGAAGCUUUAG